GCAAUGCAAAGUUUAUUUUACAUGGUUUCCCGUCAGGCUUGUUUACUAACUUACUAAUGAUUUGGAAAGCCACACAACUGUUUAUGUAAGGUCUCACACCUAACAAGUACCUUUGACUUUUUUCCCUCCGUGUCCCUUCUCGGGCUCCGUUUAACGUCACAAAGGCGUCACUAUGACGCCACUACAUAGCUCUUGCUCAGUCCGUUCCUUUUAUACGUCACAGUCGAAUGUAAUCAGUACCAAAGGUUAACAGAACAUCUCAGUAAAGGUUUUCACUCAUUUCAGCUGUAACUGUUAAUCUCCACAAGCGAAACGAAAAGAGCAGCAGAUUCUUCCAUUCACAUUUUUCAGAUUCAAACUCAUUCUAAAAAAAAAAAAAGAGCAUGCUGGCCCUGGGUUGGUUUGUGGGCUCUUUAGUCACUAAAGGUGCCAGGAGACUCGUCGAGCAUUACUUUCCACCGGAAGAGACAGAGGCAGCCCCCCCUGCCAGUCCCACAGAUAAGCCGGGUUCAAUAACAGCAGCUGGGCCACAGGCUGCAACUGUUUGUCACAAAGUCUGCAGGUUUUCCAAUGUGCAUAAUAACUGCUGGAUGAAUGCUUCAUUACAGGCUGUACUGAACAUGAGGGUCGUGCAGGAGACACUAGCGCACCGCCCCCCCGAGUAUUUGACACGACUGUCUACAACUCCACAAUUUGCUGGUCUGUUUUUAACAGCCCUCAAUAACCCAGGGAGGGUUUUCACUACAGCAGAAAUCUACGAGGUUCUGGCAGAGCUGAGCGACAGAGUGCCGACACUGAGACUGGCGCAAUACAAUGAUAUACUUGAUUUAUUGGAGCACUUCUUGCGCUGGCUCAAUCAAUGUGGAGUGAGAACGACCGCUGAGAUAAAUGAACCAAGCACGUGUGAGCAAUGUACAUUUGCCCCACGGAGAUGCACAGCCACGAGUAUUUAUUUUUUACCACCGAUGGGUAAAAAUGACACAAUUUUAUCGCUUUUGAUGCGUGAUAUGAACGCUCCGACGCAAUGCCCGAUGUGCGGCUCUGAAGUACGGAUAGAAAAGGCCCGGACCUGCCCUGACUUUUUAACUCUGUAUUUGUCUCGAACAGCUGAUGACGGGUCGAUCCUGAGGGAGCCCGUGACUCCAUCAGAAUUAAUAGAAAUCCCAAUGGAUGAAAACACGGCACAGAUAUACAGACUGUCCUCUGUCAUUUGUCACAGAGGUAUCAACACAGACCGCGGCCACUUCUGGUCAUAUUUGUUAAAAGAUGACGUCACUAUCCGAGCUGAUGAUUGUCAAAUAUCAGUCUUACCAGGAGGAAGACCGUAUGACGUACACGAGAGUGGCUUAAUUUACUUCUAUGAAAAGUGCACAUUACCUAGUGAUUAAUGGGCAUUUUCCCCUCUCAUCCAGCGACCACGUGCCUGAUCUGAGGAAGGAAAGACAUCUUCACCUGCGGGUCAGACGACAACAGGACCAGCGAUUAACACCUGAGGGCAGCACCGAGUCGCAUGCGUUUGAAUGGGUUUUCUCCGGGUGCUCCGGUUUCCUCCCACAGGAAAACAAAAACGUGCAGCUGAAGGAUCAAAGCUCUGACAUGACGAGUCAAACAAGGAGGUCUUCGAAAUAUUCCCACACGGUGGAAGCUCGCUGUAGAUGUCGACGCCAAGGCUAUCUCAGCACAGGUGCACUGAGGUGAGGCUUUAUUUACUGUUUAACAGCAGGUGUGAUAACAGCUGUGACACACUCCUGUCAGGUGCAACAUCACUCAGCGCUGUUAGCGCCUUCAUGUCAGCGGCAGACUGCAGCUGAUUCUCUUUUAAAUUUGCUUCUUAAACACACUCCUGUUUCUGUGCUGCAACAGUUUACUGAUCUGUUCUGUUCUGACAUUUAAUUACCUUUCUCUCAAAAUGAUUAGUUUUUACAUUUAUUCUCAUCUUCCGAACAUCCACACUUCUGACAGCAGAGUUUGUGUUGCCAAGUCAAAUAUAAUCUAUAUGUGACUCCAAACCUUUUGAGCUGGUGACCCCCCCAGUUUUCUUUGGAGUGCUCUAUGCCUCUAUCCAUCAGCCGACAAGUCCCCAAAGAGAUGUGAACCGAGGACAUUGUGAUUCAUGGUUUGCACCUUAAUCCAAAGGCCACCAGGUGCCUCAUGAAGCAGUAUCUGCUUGUGAUUCUUCAUCACAGGUCGACUGUGUCAAUGAGUUGCAAACAUUUUAACCAGACUGAUUUUUUUUUCCCUCCUAAACCUCAGAGGUUGUUUCAUUGGAACAGCUGACUGAGGCUUGAAGAGGUAACAUGAUCCACUAUAUUAUACACUGUCCACACAGUAUUUUUCUGUCUUCCAUGUCCCAUCAGUCCUCCUUCAGUUUUAUCUUGUAUCCUCUUCAAGAGGUCCUGACCCUCAGGUUGGGAGGGGGAAUACAGCAACUGUACAAAUGAAUGUAAGAGUCCUGUGAUAAAUGUUACCUUUAUAACUGAGUUUUAUGAAGUUAUCAUUUGAACCUAUGGUAAUUUUGAGGCUUUACUGCUGUAUUUAAAGUGUUAAUAUUUCCUCACGUCUUAUUCAAAUAUUAAGGAUACUAUUGAAUCAAUAUAUCUCUGGCAGUAUCAAGAAAUUCACUGUAGUAGUAUCUGCUGCAGAGCCAUGAUAUUCUACUUUACAUUAUGCUGUAUGUGUCUUCAUGUUAGUGUGUGUGUGCCACUUUUAUCUUCUGUCUUUCCAUAACCAAAACAGUGAAAGGUUUGUUGUAGUUUUCAGUUUUCUUCUAAUGGAUUACUGUUGCUGUGCAUUGAGAAACAUGUGACAGGGUCUCAGGGCCACCUGCUGGACAGAGUAACAGGUGCAGAGCCAGUGCCCAUCUCUGUGUGACCACGAGCUAAUUAUUAUUGACAAGGGGCUCAUGUAUACAUUCCUGUUUGAUAGUGGGAUUUAUCAAAAAAUAUUGUUGAUACAUUUCAAUUAAAUUUUGUGGAAAGUUAGAUCAUAGUGCGGCCUGUGCAGCCUUAAUGGAGGUAUGCACUUUAUAGCUUGUAUUAUAUCUUCAUAUCUUAGUGUAUAUAUCCAUACCUGACAUGUAUUGAUAGACACUGAGAGGCCAGUGGCUCAAAGUGUCUAUCUUCCACCAGACAGGUUUUUUUAAACUG